AUGACCACAGGAAUGAAAGAUCAGAUGGAUGACAGAUGCAAAUGGUAUGACAACAUUCUGCUGCAUGUGAAUUGGAUGUUUGUUGAUGGAGUAGUAAUUAAAGGCAGUAUAAUCGGUAAUGAGAUUACACGCGAAUUUACGUCACUCUGUAAAGGACGAGGGCGAAAAGUCGUGGACAUAACGUCAAGGAUGAAUUUCCGACACCCACAACCACUGUUGUAA